AGACAAGCACAAAUUAAAUAUUUGCUGCGGAUAUUCGAACCUGGUAGCCGAUUAAUUAUAACUUUUUCUAACCAUGAAUGACUAUGAAAUAAACGCUGCCUAACAGUUUUCUGAAUCAAUGUAAACUAUUUUGUGAAUUAAGGUUCAGUGUCAUGCUUUUUUGCCAACAUGUGUCUGUCUCAAGUUUCACACAGGUAUGACCUAUGGAUUCCAUUAGAAUGGCCACAUCACUGUUCUUCCUUGCAAGGAACAGGAUUCCAACAUAUUUUCAUAGUAAAAAUCAUUUUCGUAGGCCUUUCUCUUUCCACAAAUUGGGACCCAAAAGAUCAAACAAAGAUUUAACUAAUGCUCUAAGAGUCCUUAAACUCGUAUCCCCCCAAAAAAGUGUCACUGAUAUUGAGAAUCGUCGAAGUCAUCUUAGGCUAGUUGAGGACAUUUUAGACAACACUGCAACAAAUCCUCUUUGUGGAAAUUCAGCUACUCUGAACACUGUUACUGAAACCACAAUUCAAUCCUCUGUUCUAGAAAUGGAACAAGGAUUGGGAAUUGAUGUGUGUUUUUUGUCCCUUGCUUUGAGCUCGUGUGGAUCCAAGCGUGACCUUUAUGGAGGUAUUCAGUAUCACUGUUUGGCAAUAACAACUGGGUUCAUUGCCAAUGUUUAUGUUGGAACCUCUUUGAUAAGUUUGUACAGUAGAUGUGGUUUGUUGGGUGAUGCAUACCGUGUGUUUGAUGAAAUGUCUGAGAGAAAUGUGGUUUCAUGGACAGCAAUCAUUGCUGGGUUUGCGCAAGAAUGGCGGGCUGACAUGUGUUUAGAGCUCUUUCAUAAGAUGAGGGAUUUGGAAUUGAAACCAAAUUAUUUUACUUACACUAGUCUUUUGAGUGCUUGUAUGGGCAGUGGAGCACUUGGACAUGGAAGAGGUGUUCACUGUCAAAUAAUUCAAACGGGUUUUCAUUGUUACCUGCAUGUUUACAAUGCUCUCAUUGCCAUGUAUUCCAAAUGCGGGGCAAUCGAUGAUGCCUUGUACAUAUUUGAAAACAUGGUGAAUCGGGAUGUUGUAACAUGGAACUCUAUGAUUGUUGGGUAUGCACACCAUGGGCUUGCACAAGAGGCGAUUAGUCUCUUCGAGGAGAUGACAAAACAAGGUGUUAAUCCCGAUGCUGUAACUUUCCUUGGUAUUUUAUCCUCAUGUCGGCAUGGAGGUCUUGUUAAAGAAGGUCAAGUUUACUUUAAUUCCAUGGUUGAUCAUGGUUUGCAGCCAAAACUAGAUCAUUAUUCCUGCAUUGUAGAUCUUCUUGGUCGGGCUGGUUUGCUUCUUGAGGCUCUUGAUUUCAUCAAAAACAUGCCUGUUUGUCCGAAUGCUGUGAUAUGGGGUUCCCUACUUUCUUCCUCUAGACUUCAUGGAAGUGUUUGGAUUGGCAUCCGAGCAGCAGAAAGCAGGUUAUCGUUGGAACCAGGGUGCUCUGCAACACUUCUCCAGCUGGCAAAUCUGUAUGCAAGUGUUGGUUGGUGGAAUCAGGUAGCACGAGUGCGAAAAUCAAUGAAAGACAAAGGUCUAAAAUCAAAUCCUGGUUGUAGUUGGAUUGAAGUCAAAAGCAAAGUCCACAUAUUUGAAGCACAAGAUAAGUCAAAUAGCAGAAUGACUGACAUCCUUUUGAUAAUGGAUAGUCUGGCAGACCACAUGAGUGGUUUAAGUCUUCAGUUUCAGAUGUCUGAGGAGGAAAACAUUUGGCUUUCAGAAUGAAUUUCAAUGUCAGGGCUUGCUUUCUAGCAUUUCCAGCAUUGACUUGCAUAUUUGGCAUUGACAGAAACAGAGGGAAGACAUUUUUCUGGUCAGUGAAACAUUGUUCAUUGAUAACAGGAAAUUCUAGAAACAAUGCAAGCAAUAUGGACUGUGUGAAAUUCGAUAUAAUUCUCCUUGUGCAUGUCAUGACCAUAAUUAUUGCAGAAAAAUAGUUGUCUUUCUGUGGAGUGAUUGAGAGAGAAAGUUAAGAAAGCAUGAUAUGGAUUCUGUUCCUUUGACAAAGUGAAAUAUCACCCAUUUGACGUCUAUCCAUUCAUUCAUCCUUAAAGGAUGACAAACAAUUAUCUUGUUUUGUCAAGAAACAAAAGGGAAAAGACUUCAUUGACACUUGACACCAACAUCAACUAGUGUCACCUUGAGGCUGGCAUGAGUGGGAGGAGAACAUUGAAUAUCACAUACAGGAUUGUGUAGAUUAAUUUCAUGGUGUUUAAGCAAAUUCCAGUUCAAUAAACAUUGCUGGAGGUUUGAUUUACACCACUGAUGGCAUCUCAAUUCUCAAGGUUAUUCUAUGCGACAAAAGCUUUUCUUCACCAGGGGAAUAAAGAGCGCAAAUGUAAUUUGAAAAUUGAAGAGAAAAGGACCAAAUGAAGUUGAAAAAAGUGUCUUAAGCAUCACUGUGCGGCCACACUCCCAAGCAAGGCCGCCAACAGUUGGUUGACAGUUAGGUGGCCAUGUUGAGGCCCAUAGUUGGGCGGCCUAGCAUCCUAGAUCAUAUACGAGUUAUGUUUUCAUUCAGUUUAUCAAUACUAUUCGAAUACAGUUUUGGAGUGUUUUCAGAACCUUGACAGAAGAUCUUGAUGAAUGGCUAAGAGAGGAUUAGUAGAUGCUUGACUACCUUCAUUUGUGCAUGAAUUUCUUUGCUCGUCUCUUUACUUUAUGAUUUCUGUUAUUAUGUUGAACUAAACCCCUUUCUUAAGUUGAGUGGAUUUCAAGAGAUAUUUGUAAUUAUUGACUUAGUUUACUUAAUUUUUAUUCUUGUAAUUUGAUAUUGACCACCCCUAUUCUUAAUGCUUUGUGAGGCAUAAUCACCACCUUUGGGGUCAUUGAUGAGAGUUUGAUAUAUGUACAUGCUAUGAAAUUGGGGAUCUUGCAAUCCUUUAGGCUAUGGAAAGUCAACGAAGUUUG